AUCAGUACUCAGUCACCAUGAAGGGCUUUCUUCAGCUACUCGUCCUGCAGCUAGCUCUCAAGUUCGUCCUAGCUCAGGAUCUCAAGUGCUCGGUAGACUAUGUCUCGUUGGGAGACAGCGCCUAUAAAAUAGAACGCGGCAAGUUCAACUGGUGGGAUGCGGCCAGAAGUUGCAUGGCCCUGGGAACACAGUUGGCCACCAUCGACAGCGAAGAGGAGCUCAAUGCCAUAUCGAAAUACCUCAAUCAAUUGGGUUUCGGUCCAGACGAAGCGGUGUGGUUCUCUGGCUUUGGCAUCAAGUCCGGAGCCUGGAUCUCGCUGGCGAACUCCAAGAUCCAGACGUACUUCAAGUGGGCAUCCGCCGAACCCAAUGACUUGUACAGUGCGGAAAACUGUCUGGGCAUCAAGGCCAACAGUGGUAAUUGGUUCAUGAAUGACCUGAGUUGCUUCAAAGAAUACUCAUAUCUAUGCGAGGGUGUUCCCAAGAAGACAGAGGACAACGAGUUGGCAGUGUAGGACUAUCUUUGAAAUGAUUAAUCGUAACAUAUCAAGUAUGUACAUAGAUACAUGUGUACACUGUUCAUACAUGUCCACAACGUUAAUUAUCCUUAGUUUCCAAUAAAUUUGUUUGCAAUAAAUUAAAAUUA